AUGGCUGAUAUAAGAAAUAUCAUGUUAUUUGACCGGACGGGUAACGGAAAAUCAACAUUAGCUAACGUGCUAACCAAAUCACUUAACUUUACGGAAAUUGCUGACAGUAUUAGUGAAACACGAGAAAUUCAAAUAAAAGAAUUUGAAGAAGAAAAGAACUCAAAUGGGGAAGAAGCUAUUAAAUACAGAGUAAUCGAUACCAUAGGAAUCGGUGAUACGCGUUUGACCGAGCAAGGAGUGCUUUAUAAACUAGCGGAAGCCUUCGUUUUCGACGCAGAUGUUUCCAAAUACACCACCAUUGUAAGGACCAAUUUUCCUGAAUUCGAAGAUGAGCUUAAAUGUCAGCAAGACCAACAACAAUUACGUGCCGAGAAUCCUGCCAUUUUUAAAAUACUUAGCGCUACCAGGAUUAUAUAUGUUGAUAACCCGCCGUUAAAAGAUCGUACCGCAUCUAUAAAUCAGGAAAUUCGUAAAGAUCCAAGAAAAAGACUUCUGGCUCCCUUGGCGACCUGUCAAGGAACUUAUAGACCCCAAAAUCUGGAUGCUAUGAAUGACCGAGUCGGUAAUUAUAUGACGGAAAACGAAAAAACACAAGAAGAGUUGAAGAAUUUGAAAAAAUUAACAGAACAACAGCCAAAAUUAUCUCAGGAAGAGAGAAAGAAAUUAAUAGAGCAAAUACGAUCUAUUGAGGAACAAGGUGAACAGUUAAAGCAUCAAAUUGCAAAUAAUACGAGAGGAUUCUUUUCAAAAAUUCUUGGAGUUCUUUACAGGCUAGCAGAAGCUAGUUAUCAUAUCAAAGAAGGCUUAAAUCAAAUCUUGUUUGUAGCCAACGGACGAUUCACCAAAGAAGAAAUAAAUACUUCAGGGUUAUUAAAAUCUGUUAAAGAGUUGCCGAAUACACCACCAUCGUAA